AUGUGGCAGCGAGCGGCGCGUGUGCCGGGCGCGAUGCAGCGGAUGCUGCGCCUGUAUAGUACGGAGGCGCCCAAGGCGGCUGAAGUGGCGGAAAAGGUGGAUACCACCAACCUCAUUCCGGCCGUGCAGCCGCUGAAGCCGACACAUGGCGUGCACGUUGCGACACUCCAGCUGAAGUCGUACAAGCAGCAGACGUUCGAUCUGGACUUCUUUGCUGACUUCGCGCUGCGCAGUGCGCAGGCGCUCCAGAUCCCUACGGGCGGUAUUGCUCAGCUCCCGAUCCGCACGUCCUUGUGGACGGUGCCGCGGGGCCCGUUUGUGCAUAAAAAGUCCCAGGAGAACUUCUGGCGCAGGACGCACCGCCGGAGCAUCAAGGUGUUUGACGCUACGGAUGCGACAAUCGACCGCUGGCUGCAUUUCUUGCGUAUGCACGAAAUGCCCGGCGUCGCUUCCAAGGUGUCGAUUCUUCGCCGCUAUCCCCUUGGCGUCGGCAAGCAGCUCGACGCGGAAAGUGCGACCGACGACCGCAGUGAACAGGCCGUGCGUGAGAUGGCCGAGGAAAUCGUGCGCGCACAUAUGAAAUAG